AAUGGGAUCCGUAUCAGCAUCAUCAAAGUCUUUGACAUUCAGGGUGACUAGACAAAAGCCUGAGCUGGUCCGUCCGGCCAAAUCCACUCCUCGGGAAUGCAAGCUCCUCUCCGACAUCGACGAUCAAGAGGCUCUUCGGAUUCAAAUCCCUUUCAUCCAAUUUUACCGUAACCGCGAUGAUCCUGGCAUUAAUGAGAGCAGGAGGAGAUCAGACCCCGUGAAGGUGAUCAGGGAGGCUAUUGCAAAGGCUCUGGUGUUCUACUACCCGUUGGCAGGGCGUCUCAGAGAAGGCCCUGGAAGAAAGCUGAUGGUUGAGUGCACGGGAGAGGGUGUUCUUUUCAUUGAAGCCGAUGCAGACGUGACGCUGGAGCAGUUUGGGGAUGCAAUUCAGCCUCCAUUCCCAUGCCUGGAGGAGCUCCUCUAUGACGUUCCUCACUCUGGAGGAAUCCUUCACUGUCCUAUAGUGCUUAUACAGGUAACUCGUUUAAGAUGCGGCGGUUUCAUCUUCGCACUACGCAUGAAUCACACCAUUGCUGAUGGUGUUGGAAUCGCUCAAUUCAUGAAUGCUGUGGGAGAAAUCGCACGGGGAGCGUCCGCCCCAUCUAUACAGCCAGUAUGGCAGAGGGAGCUCCUGUAUGCUAGAGACCCGCCAAGGGUGACGUGCACCCACCACGAAUACGACGAGGUAGUCGUCGAUACCAAGGGAACCAUCGUUCCCCUGGACGACAUGGUCCAUCGCUCUUUCUUCUUUGGUCCGGCAGAGGUCUCAGCUCUGAGAAAAUCCAUCCCUCUUGACCUCAGUCACAAGUGUUCGACGUUUGAUAUUCUGACAGCCUUCCUUUGGCGCUGCCAAACCAUCGCCCUCCAAUACGAUCCCAACGAGGAAGUCCGCGUGAUCUGCAUUGUUAAUGCCCGCUUCAAGUUCAAUCCACCCUUGCCCCAAGGAUACUACGGCAAUGCCAUAGCAUAUCCAACGGCGCUGACGACGGCCGGACAGCUAUGUGAGAAGCCUGUGGGAUAUGCAGUGGAGUUGGUGACCAAGGCCAAACGUGUUGUGACGGAAGAUUACAUGAAAUCUGUGGCUGAUUUAAUGGUUAUCAAAGGGAGGCCUCGUGUCACUCUGGUGAGGACUUAUCUUGCAUCGGAUGUUACCCGGGCUGGGCUCAAUGAGGCGGACUUUGGUUGGGGGAAGCCGGUGUAUGGGGGGCCGGCCGAAGGUACUGUGGCCAGCUUUCACAUACCCUUCAAGAACAAGAAGGGGGAGACAGGAAGAGUAGUUCCUAUUUUUCUACCAGGUCUUGCAUUGGACAGAUUUGUGAACGAGCUGGAAAACUUCUUUUUGAGCCACAAUGUGAGGCCCCAUUUCCGCCGUACCACAUCGAGACUUUGAGGAAUGAAAUAAUCAGUUUGAAGGGUAAAUUACGGUAAUGUGACCUCCUUGUAGUUUUAUCAAUUAUUAUCGCAUGAUCUCCUAAAGUUUUAAAAUAUCCACUUUACCCCCUUAUACUUUUAUGUAAAGUGAAGGCUUGUGGAAAAU